CCCCAACCCCUCUCCCUCUCUCCCUCCAGUUUCGCUGCUUCCGCGAAGAUUCACGGCGGCUCCUAUAAGAGAUCCGACCACCGACCUCGCCACAGCUCCACCUCCAGCUUCCCGCUUCGGCCCCCUUCCUCAGGGCUUAGAAUUGUAUGAAUUCUCCGAAGGCCGAUCUUACCGGAAUUGUAGGUCUGUGACCCGGGUUAGAAUCUGCUUCCCCUGAGCUCGUACGGACCGAGAAAUGUUUAUGGAUCCUCAGUACGCGGGAUAUUCUGGGCCGUUUAGCGGCUUCAGUUUCCACGAUCAGACCCAUGUGCCCUUCGCGAAACAAUUGGAGAAUUUGGCGAACCACUUGAUGCUGGACGACCCUGCUUCGGACCUGUCGGUUGACUUUCCUUCCUUCGCUUCUGAUCCCGAGCCCUGUCAAUCCGCCGUAUCUCCUAGUAUCAGUACGGAUGGAGAUUUCCUUUCCGACUAUAGUGACUCCCCGGAUCCCAUGUUGAAAUACAUCAAUCAGAUGCUCAUGGAGGAGGACAUGGAAGACAAACCCUGUAUGUUUCAUGAUCCUCUGGCUCUCCAAGCUGCCGAGAAAUCCUUAUACGAUGUUCUCUGUCAGAAGGACCAUCCCUCGCAAAACCAGUUACCUCUUCACAUGGACAGCCCUGAUGACAAUUGCUCUGGUAGCAGCAGCGGCUACUGUGGCAGUACUAUCAGUUCGAGCGCUAGCAGUGGUGGCAAUUCUUUCGAUUUUCCAGGGAUUGGUGAUUUUUGCGAGAGCCGACCCGCUAUAUUACAGGCUCACAUCCCAGAGAACUUUGUGUUCCGCGCGACUGCAAAUCCCAGUCGCCAAUCAUCGCAUGAAUAUCGAAAGAGUGUCAUUGCCAAGGCUAAAGGGAUGUUGGGCUCAGGCUCUCCAAUGGGUGAGAUAAUGCUUCCGAACCUUUUUGCGGAUAGCAAUUCCAUGUUUUUCUUCCAGAAGGGGUUCGAGGAAGCUAGCAGAUUCAUUCCGAAGGGUAAUCCGUUGUCGAUCGAUACAGAGAAGAGGAUGCCCCAUCUGGUGUUGAAGAGGGAGACUGCAAGGGCCGCGGUCAAGGUGGAGAAGAAUGAGGCUGAACUCUCGUAUUUAUAUGAACUCAAGGGAAAGAAGAAGCAUGAGCGCGAGGAUGCAGAUUUUGAAUAUCCGAGGAGCACAAAGCAGCCAGCAGUUUGCUUCGACGAGAAUGAUUUAGUUGAUAUGUUCGACAAGCUUCUACUUUGUGCUCCGACAGGAAGGAAGCCUGAUUCUAAAUCUGAUGACGCCUCAAAUAAUGGGGCAAGCCAGAUUGUACAGCAAAAUCUGCAAUCAUCUGCACUUUCAGCCGAUCAGGUCUCUGGCAAAAAACCAAUUAGUGAUAAGAAGGAAGUCGUGGAUCUGAGGAACCUUCUGUGUUCAUGUGCACAAGCAGUUGCCGCGGAGGAUCGUACGAAUGCUAAUCAAUAUCUGAAGCAGAUUAGGCAGCACUCCUCCCCUUUUGGUGAUGGGUCUCAGAGGUUGGCCCACUCUUUUGCUGAAGCCCUUCAAGCACGCCUGGAUUGCACAGGAGCGCAGGCCUAUACGCAGCUAGGUUCCAAAAGGAGAUCUGCUAAUGAAAUGUUGAAAGCUUACCAAGCUUAUCUCUCUGUUUUCCCAUUUCAGAGGUUUGCAAUCAUCUUUUCUAACCAUAAUAUUUUGGGCAUAUCUGAGAAAGCGACAAAGCUGCAUAUUAUUGAUUUUGGUAUCCUAUAUGGUUUUCAAUGGCCCCCCCUCAUUCAUUGUCUCUCAAGGCGACCUGGUGGCCCCCCGAAAUUGCGCAUCACGGGGAUCGAGCUGCCCCAAAGUGGUUUCCGUCCGGCAGAAAGAGUUCAAGAGACUGGUCGGCGCCUGGCGAAGUAUUGUGAGCGUUUCAAUGUUCCAUUCGAGUACAAUGCUAUCGCGCAGAAGUGGGAAACCAUUAGGAUCGAGGACCUCAAGAUUUCUAACGACGAGGUGGUUGCCGUGAAUUGCCUCUUUCGAUUUAAGAAUUUACUUGAUGAGACUGUUAUGGUCAAUAGCCCGAGGGAUCACGUGCUAAAGCUAGUACAUCGAAUCAGGCCAAGAAUUUUUGUCCACUCUAUCCUUAAUGGAUCCUUCAAUGCCUGCUUUUUUGUGUCGAGGUUUCGGGAGGUUCUUUUCCACUACUCGGCCUUGUUUGAUGCAUUUGAUGCUAAAUUACCUCGGGAACAUCCGAUGAGGCUGGUAUUUGAACGAGAGUUUUUCAGCCGGGAAGCUCUGAAUGUCAUUGCAUGUGAGGGCACAGAGAGAGUCGAGAGGCCUGAGACAUAUAAGCAGUGGCAAAUCCGCAACAUGAGGGCGGGUUUUAAGCCCCUCCCUCUGGAUCCUGCAAUUAUGAAGAAGCUGAAGUCGAAGUUGAAAGAGGGGUACCUUGAUGAUUUCGUGGUUGACAAAGAUGGUCACUGGAUGCUCCAAGGAUGGAAAGGUCGGAUUCUUUAUGCUUCCUCCUGUUGGGAGCCUGUGUAGAAUUUCUCGUAGUCUUUAUUAACUUGCACUUUUGGUGUGAGCCGGGGAUAGUUUAUUAUGACCAAGGAGGAAGCCAUUGGCUGAUUUGUGGCAAGUAGUGCGUCUUUCUAGCUUUCGGAAACAGGCAUCAUAUAACCUUGCUUUUGCUUUAAGAUUGUAUGCUGCUAUAAACUUCUCUCUAUUCGGCUAGUGAUCUUUCUGUUUAGACUGAUAUCUAGGAAACGCUUGCCCUCCCUUGGCUGUGUAUACUGUAUAGUAGAACUACUACUCUUUAUCUGCGGUACUGUCUAGACAGUCUUCCUGGACUAUAAUAAAUUUUAGCACUAAUGUAUUUAUUUCUGGUUA